UUCGACGCAAAAGCGUCGGAGUGUGAAAUCGUUGAUUAACCCGAUAAAUUAAUUGAGUGCUUUUUAACCGUCGAAGUGGCAGCUCGCGACGAGUUAAUGCCGCGUAUAAGGACCGAUGGAUUCAACGAAGAUCAAAUCGAAGCCGAAUCCGCGGGAGAAGGCGAACUUCUUGUCGGUGUUGCUUUGGUGGUGGACCAUUAAGAUAUUCAGAACAGGGUACAAGAAAGUUUUAGAAGUAGAAGACUUAUAUGAGCCUCUGAAAGCCGACCGAGCGAAGCUGCUCGGAGAUCGAUUAGAAAACUGCGCCAUGGUCGAGCUGGCGCGUAAGCUCGAACUUCGAGUGGUCACCAAGAGUUCGUACAUCCGCGGCAUCUACAUGACCUUCAAUCUCUUCACAACCCGGAUGGCGCUCUACUGCACCCUCGUCGCCAUGCUGGCGUUCGGUCCUGAUAUGACCGCCGACAAGGUCUUCGUCAUCUCGUCCUACUUCAACAUCCUCGCGCACACCAUGACCGGCAUGUUCGUCCGCGGUUUCGCCGAGUUGGCCGAGUGUAUGGUAGCCAUACGCAGGCUCCAGGGCUUCCUCAUGUUCGACGAGUUCCAGGGCAGCAACGUCAUCGUCUCCAAGGCAUCCUACGCCAAUAUCAAUUCGGAUGUGAAGCGAGUCUCCAAAUCAGAUCUGCCCUACAUCGACGACGACGACGUGGAGACUCAGUUGGAUCAAUCAUGUAGAGAGGUCCCGGAUGAGAAUAGCGAUCACAGAAAGCCUAACGGUCUGAUGAUUGUUGCCAGCGACUUAUUGAAGAACGACGCGAAUUUUAUUGGAGAGAAAAAAUCCGUUUAUGAUACGAACAACUGGGCCAUUAACAUGAUUAACGUUACUGCCAAGUGGGAAGAGAAACAGUCAGAGAACACUCUGGAGAAUCUGAAUCUGGAAAUAGAAAAGGGUAAGCUGUACGCGGUAAUCGGCAUGGUGGGCAGCGGCAAAAGCUCGUUUCUGUCCGCGAUUCUGGGAGAGAUCAGCCUGGCGGGAGGACAGGUGAAGGUCAACGGCAGCGUGAGCUACGCCGGCCAGGAAGCCUGGGUCUUCGGUGCCACUGUUCGACAGAAUAUACUCUUCGGACAACCUUACGAUCGCCAACGGUACCAGAAGGUGGUCAAGGCUUGCGCCCUGUUGCGCGACUUCAAGCAGUUUCCGCAGGGCGAUCUGACUAUGGUGGGUGAGCGGGGCAGCUCGCUGUCCGGCGGUCAAAAGGCCAGGAUCAACUUGGCCAGGUCCUUGUACAGGCAGUCGGACAUCUAUUUGCUGGAUGAUCCUUUGAGCGCGGUGGAUGCACAUGUCAGCAAGCAUCUAUUUCAAGAGUGCAUUCAGAGAUACCUGGCCGGUAAAACGAGAAUCUUGGCGACGCACCAGCUGCAGUACAUAAAGGGAGUGGACGCCAUUAUACUGCUCGAGCAGGGAAGAAUGAAGUACUUUUCGCAUUAUCAAGAUUUAUUGGAAUAUCGACCUGAAUACGGAAUACUUAUAGCAGCGGACAAUGAAGCGAUUGACGACUCGUCCUUAGAAAAGAGUAUAAACUUACGACGACAGUUUUCCUCCUCGAGUACCAGAAGUCGAACUCCAGAAGCUAGUACCGGCGGUACCGACGACGAAGACGAAGACGAAGAUCCCGAAACAUUGAACGGCGGUCUCGAGACAACGUCGCGCGGCAUAGUUAAGGGUCCUAUAUUUAUCAAGUUCUUCAAAAUUGGUGCCAACUUAUACAUGGCUGGUACCGUUUUACUUCUGUUCAUCAUCACGCAAUUCAUCGUCAGUCUUAAUGAUUACUUCGUGCCUUUCUUAAUCAAUUUUGUGGAAGCGGAAAACUACAAAGCCAAGGAGUUUAGAAUGAAUCAGACGGAUGACGUUUACAUGAACGCAACAAACAUACACGAGCACAUUACCCUUGAAGACGAAUCGGCGAUGAAAUAUGUCUACAUCUACACUGGCAUUGUGCUGGCCAUCUUUUUUGUUGGCAUCACCAGAUCGUUGGUCUUCUACAAAACGUGCAUAACAUGCAGCCAACGUUUACACGAUAUGAUGUUCAGCGCAUUAAUUCGUACAGGAAUGCGAUUUUUCGACACUAAUCCGAGUGGCAGAAUACUCAAUCGAUUCUCCAAAGACAUGGGCGCGAUCGACGAAUUAUUGCCUAAAGCGAUUCUGGACGCCGGUCAGAUGAACAUGCUGAUGUUAGGAUCACUAAUAGUAACCUGCGUGGUAAAUCCCAUCUUCUUGGCGCCCGUCGUGCCCAUCAGUUUGCUAUUUUACUGGAUCCGGAGGGUCUACCUCAAGACCAGCAAGAACAUCAAGCGACUGGAGGGAAUUUCACGCUCGCCAGUAUUCACUCACUUGAACGCCACGUUGAACGGUUUGACAACUAUCAGAGCAUAUUGCGCCCAAGACAUACUCAAACAUGAAUUUGACAAGAUGCAAGAUGUUCACACGUCUACCAUUUAUAUGUAUAUUGUGACCAGCACAGCAUUUGGAUUCUCUCUGGACAUGUUCUGUUUUAUCUUUACUUCAAUCGUCACUUUUAGCUUCUUGUUCAGUAGCUCAUUUUCCGGUGGCGAAGUCGGUUUGGCCAUCACUCAGGCAAUGGCUAUGACCGGGAUAAUUCAGUGGGGAAUGCGACAAAGUGCGGAGGUAGCGAACCAAAUGAUGGCGGUGGAACGUGUACUCGAAUACAUUCAACUCCCGGCAGAACCGAAUCUAAAAGACCGGGGGGCCUAUGUGAAAAAGAAGGAUAAGAAUCUGGCGUUGCCGUCUAACGUUCCCAAAACCUGGCCCGACGAGGGUUGUAUCAAGUUUAGAAACGUUUAUAUGCGCUAUGCGGACGAAGAUCCGCCUGUCCUCAAGGGCCUGAGUAUAGUGAUUUAUCCAGGGGAGAAGGUUGGAAUUGUCGGAAGAACAGGCGCCGGGAAAUCGUCGCUCAUAGCAGCAUUGUUCCGAUUGGCAAAGGUGGAGGGAAUCAUCGAGAUUGACGGCGCGGACACGGGUUUGAUAGCCUUGGAGGAUUUGCGACGUAAAAUAUCCAUCAUCCCUCAGGAUCCUGUUUUGUUCUCAGGUACUCUGAGACGUAAUCUAGAUCCUUUCAACGAAUUUCCUGACACGGAUUUGUGGGAGGCACUUGAAGAGGUUGAGCUGAAGGAAGCGGUUACUGUCGGAAACGGCUUGGAAAGUCGCGUGUUUGACAGAGGCAGUAAUUACAGCGUUGGACAGAGACAGUUGGUAUGCUUAGCGAGAGCCAUCCUGAGAAACAAUCGUAUACUGAUGCUGGACGAGGCAACUGCAAAUGUGGAUCCGCAUACCGAUGCGUUAAUUCAACGGACUAUUAGGAAGAAAUUCGCGACGUGCACGAUGCUCACAGUGGCGCAUCGCCUGAAUACUAUAAUGGACAGUGACAAGGUUCUGGUGAUGGAUAAGGGUCGUUUGGCUGAAUACGACCAUCCUCACAUAUUACUGAAAAACAGUUAUAGUCAGUUUACUUCGUUAGUGAAGGAGACCGGCCCAGGUAUGUACGAUCAACUGGUCAAGGUGGCAAAGCAAGCCUACGUAAACAAGUACGGGGGAACAUGACGAAGUGUUGAUGAAUUUUGAUAUAAUAAUUUCUCGUUAGCUAGAUUUUUCAAAGUAAAAGCGUUAAUGUGCCCAGUAUACUUAUGGCGAAAAAGAAAAAGACAUAUAGAUCGUGCAUGGCGCGUGAAAACGAAUGUUAUACGUUUCUAUAAGAUCAGAGAAACGUAUUGUUGUAUGUCUUUCCUCGGGACGUACGUCGUAGACAGGAUAUUUUCGUUAAGUAUCACAACGCUGUGAUGUUGUGUGCGUAACAUGUGUCUGAAGAAAUAUUUUUGUAUUAUCUAAAGAUAAUAUUUUUGUAUCAUUUUUGAUAAGAUCGCUGCCGGGAGAUUAUUCCCCGAUUUCGCCGUAAUGUCUAGUACAACUUUUUGCCACAAGUUAAGAUCCGCAAUACUGUUAUAUUUUUCUACUCCAUAUUUUUGCGUACUAUAGAAAUUAUGGAUAUACCUAGUUUUUGUGAUAAAGCGAAUGCGUAGACGCCGAUCGAAGAUUAUCAGUGAGAUGAAACGCGGUUUAUCAUGAACACGAAGUUGUACCUAAGACGAUAUUUACGCACAGUAAGUUUGCUGUGAUCUCUACCAAUAUUCGUCAUACGUUUUGAGUUAUAAGGAUCUUAUAAGAGUUAUAAAGAAUCUUAGUGAUUAAAUUGGUAAUACAAUCUUUACCAAGUAAAUUUUAUAUAAAAUAGAUUAAAAUUAUAUAUAAAUCUAAAAAGUAUAAUUUAUAUAUGAAG